GAGAGAGGCACUGAGGGAGGAGGGGGAUGGCCAAAGCGUCAUGGCGGAGAUCCUCAUCAACCUCAUCAUCAUCAUCAUGCACUCCUUCUAAUAACAAAGAGAUCAAAUUAUUUGGCGUCAAAAUCAUCCCCGCCGACGACAACGCUGGCGGCAAGGCAGAAGAUGAAUCCCUCCGCAAGUGCAAAAGCAUGGGGAGUUUAGGUGCAUGCAUUGUGGAGGAGGAGGAGGAGGAGGAGGAUAACUAUAUUAAUGAUGAUGUUGAUCAUCGCGUUUGCGGGUACCUUUCCGAUGGCCUCAUUCACCGCUGUUCCCGCGCUAAGAUUUCCCAUGACCGAAGAAAAGGCAAAGCUUGGUCGGAGGAAGAGCAUCGAUCAUUUUUGGUUGGUUUGGAAAAGCUAGGCAAAGGUGACUGGAAAGGUAUUUCCAAGAACUUUGUUCAUAGCAGGACUCCAACUCAAGUUGCUAGCCACGCCCAGAAGUAUUUCCUCAGAAUUUCUGCAACCGAAAGGAAAAAAAGAAGAUCCAGCGUGUUCGACAUUCCUCUGAAUGAAAUGGUAACCCCACUUUUCAAGCUUCUUCAAUUUCACUGGAUCAAAUUUCAUAGUUCCCCUUUUUUUCCCUUUUUUUUUUUUUGGUGUGUGUUGGAAUGUUACAGGAUGCAAGUUCUCAAACCUCUCCUUCUAUUUCCCGUUCCCCCGAGGUUAAUGUCUCGGCACUUGCUCCAACUUUGAAAAAGAAUGCCACUGAAACUAGUCCACAAGCGAAUUUGAUGACAUCAGCUAUCAAAGCAUACGAAAGGCCUCCGCUUUCACCAAUGGCACCCACAAGUCAUGCCGUUUCUGAUUUACUUGGUCGGCAAUUGAUGGUUGGACUUGGAGCUCGCAGUUUCGGCCAGGGUUAUCCAUCAACCACAGCAAUGCCAAACGUCCCAGUUGUUCCGAUGUGGAGCUUCUCCAAUCAGAAAUUUGUUACGACUCCUCCACACGUAACUGCAAUCUACAACUGCUUCCCUUCUGUAGCUCAACAACAGACGGGAGGUAUAUUUUCAGUGCUUCCCGCAUUUAUUCCGCAGCGUGUAACUACUGCAAACGAAUCAGCCAACAAGGAUGCACUGAUCUGAGUUGUACAUUGUGAUUUUGGAGUUCACACCCUUUUUUUUUCUCAUAAAAGUUGGAAUGCUCUGAUCUGAGUUUUACAUUGUGAUUUUGGAGUUCACACUUUUUUCUUCUUUUUUUUUUUUCUCACAAAAGUUGGAUUUUGGAGCAAAACCCCGGUGAUUAUGAACAAUUGAUUAUUAUUACAAUCCUAUAAGUUCCAAGUUGUUUUCGUGGUAAAAUUAGAGUGUUUCAAAUUGCGAUGUAGCGUUUGGGAUUAUUAUAUUGUUUCAAGUCGCCGGUUAAAUAUUCC